AUGGCACAACUCAAGGACGAGUUCCGCCACUUCCUCGUCCGUGGGGUGCAGCCGCUCGCCACUGAGGAUGUCUUGGCCUCGCUUCUUCGACGGCUAUCGCUUACGGUACCUUUCUUCAACUUCUUCACCAUAGACCUAGAUGGUCUCUCCUUUGCUCACCACAACACCGAGAGGGGAGACAAGUAG